GGCGAUGAAUGACCGUUCUGUGACAGCCCAAGGCAAACAGGCCGGCUGCCUCGAAACCCCCGGUACCCUCCCCUAAAACACUUGACCUUCCCCCCUUUAAAAAGCGCCAGAGGAUACCUUUAAGCUAGCAAGCCCCUCCACUCGUCCUUUUCUCCCCACUAUUUUGAAAUCCAGCCCUGCCUUGUUCUGUUUUGGUCUUCGUUAGUUAUAAUUCUAAACUAUUUUCAAAACCAAAGAAGGUCCUCUUCUUCCUCCUUGGCAACUUACAUCUCUUGUGGUAACUGCGACAAUCGACAUCGAGUCACAUUCGUUAUUUUGCUGCGUCAAAUAAUCUCAACUACCCAAUUCCUUGCAUCAUAGAAAGGAAAACCAGUUCAAUCAUGGCCGACUCACUUACCGAGGAACAGGUCUCCGAGUUCAAGGAGGCAUUCUCUCUCUUUGACAAAGAUGGAGAUGGACAAAUCACCACCAAAGAAUUAGGCACAGUCAUGCGAUCGCUAGGCCAAAAUCCCUCCGAAUCUGAGCUACAGGACAUGAUCAAUGAAGUCGAUGCUGACAACAAUGGAACCAUCGAUUUCCCUGAAUUCUUGACCAUGAUGGCACGCAAGAUGAAGGAUACCGACUCCGAGGAAGAGAUCCGAGAAGCCUUCAAGGUUUUCGAUCGCGAUAAUAACGGUUUCAUCUCCGCUGCUGAGCUCCGUCACGUCAUGACCUCCAUCGGAGAGAAACUCACCGAUGACGAGGUCGAUGAGAUGAUCCGUGAAGCUGACCAGGAUGGUGAUGGCCGUAUUGACUACAACGAGUUUGUUCAGCUGAUGAUGCAGAAGUAGAAUGGGAAAGGAAGUUGUCGUGAGACUUUCGCUAAACUUGUUGAUCGUCAUACCCACCUCUUAUGUUGCGACGAAGUUUCUUUUUCUUUCUCGGGAUUGUGCCCAAUAGGACACUGUUGAUUGGGUUGAUAUUAUCAAUUCAAAUGAGGUAUACACAAGAAUGGUGUUAGGCUGGAAGACGGGUAGGAUCUCCUCCACCAACGGCUAACUUGACAAUACAUAUCCCGAUUAAAAUAUUAAUGCGGCAAUUUGAGCGUGACUCGAUCUUACCAAGCUUUCACAUAUAGUGUCGCGUGAACUCGUUAGCCACACGAUAUUUCAAAGAAUAGAGCCUCUUGCAUCGCCA